AUGGCUGCGGCCACCGAAAGUGGUCUGGAUGUCGACUGGCUGCUGCAUUCCAAGAAAGGUGUGGUCCCAAAAUAUCGGCUCACAGUUGCACCUGCUUUCUCUUCGUCUGAACAGCGAUUGCUGCAGAAAACGGUAUCACUAACCAUCCCACCAGAUUUGACCCAUUCGGUGGGCGACAGAAAUGGUCGGAAGCCAGCUUCACAGUCCUCUGCAGGCUCCAAAGGCAAUCACCAUGAUCCUGCAACUGCGCACCCUCGCCAUGACCCUACACCACUCCAAGAAACUCCGAAUGGAGUCCCUACAGUAUCCGAACAACAGAAGUCUGCACUCGCUGUCAAUGGCAAGGAGAACCACACACAGCCUACCGCGCAGAAGACAGGGCCGACAGUCUCCCAGCCUAACCAAAGCCAAUCCCCUCGACCCACGAUGUCGAAAGGCCAGAGCACGGAGGAUGGCAAAAAAGGUCUGAAGCCAAGUAUCCCCAACAAGAAAGAGGGUAGAAGGAGUUCGUGGAUCGCAAGUUUCAGCUCCAAAUUCUCGUCUGUGAAUUCACCAACGCCGCCUCGGAAUUCCGGCACGGAUGUGCAACAAGCGAGUAAUAGCCUAACAGCAUCUCCUCAGCCGAGUCCGAAAAUCGAGUUAUCGAAUCCCUUCGAGAAGAACCGACCGCCCAAAGAAGGACAGAAAGAGACCAAAAAGGAAGAAUCCAAAACACCUGUCGUCCCUCACACUGCCCCUCGAAGACCUUCAGUACUCGUUGCCGCGGGAAAAGAGACAAAGUUAGAGCAUCCUGGAUUUCUGUCGAGCGCCCUUCGCAGACUCUCUUCCUCCAACACCCACAUGGGCAAAAGCGCAACUAGUGGUGCAAUCUGCCCAAGAAGGGUGAUGAACAUCGACCAGAAUCGUGAACGCAUCAAGAUCAGCGAGUUUGACCAGAACAAGCUGAAGAGAGUGUCGUUUUGCGUAGAUGUGGAGAUUGCUGGGUUCGCUUCUCAGGCCGACGAAGAUCCAGAGCAAUAUCACCGCCCAGCGGUGUCAAACGCUCAGAAGCAGAAUCUUUCCACUUCUGACAAACAAGUGACCAGCAACAAAGACUCGAAGGACGCAAGGACUAAAGAAAAGGGUGAAGGCGCCGUCUUAAAAACCCCUAAGACGUCAGUUGCAGAAAUGCAGCAGGAAGAGGGGGAGCAGAGAAGCCCGGAGCCAGAAACCCAGACUCAGCCAACAGAGGGGAAAAAGGAUGAGAAGGGUAAAGAUACUUCAGAAACGCUGCAAGGUCCCGAGCCUCUAGCCGUGCCCAGUACACGAAAGAAGGAGAAAAAGAAACGGUCCGAAGCCGAGCGAAAGGAACGAAAGGAGCGAAAAAGACGACACGCUGAAGCAAACGGCCUGGUACCGCUGGAGUUGACUCGUGAAGACGAUGACUCGGACUCGAAUACAAGCAUUACACCACCAGGCGCUUCGACGCCCAGCAAGCGGCCUCCAGAAGGAACAGAUGGCCGUACGACAGACCCACUGAGGAUAUACAAGCGCUGUUGUCAAUUGCGAGAAACAACGGUUCUGAACAAAGUUAAAGAGCAAAUAUCUAAGCCUUCCGCUGGUCUGGCCGAAGCUCCUGGCACAGUCGCGGUAAUGGAUCUGUCCGGGAAUCAGAUGCAGUUGCAGGAUAUUGUGACUUUGGGCGAUUGGCUCGCCAUCGUUCCUGUUCGCAAACUCGUCUUGGAAAACUGUGGGUUGACAGACGAAGGCGUCCGGGUGAUUUUGUCAGGCCUCUCCAGCUGCAAAUCUGCCGAGCAAGCCCGACAGAACAGAAAAUUGCCCAAGAGACUGAGUGGGAAGAGUGGUAGGGAGCAGAUGGGAGUCAUCGAGAAGCUCUCUCUGAAGGACAACUCUGGAAUCACAAAUCUCGGAUGGAGGCACAUUGCACUUUUCAUGCACAUGUCGCGUUCGCUCAGAGGCAUUGAUCUGUCGGGGAUCCCGUUCCCGAAGGCAGGCGAUCUCUCACGGACAAUCUCUACAACAAGUUCCAACAGCACCGGAUCGAAUGACGCGACUUCCAAAGUCAUGGAUCUGGGGACUCUGGUUAUCUAUGCGUUAUCAGAGCGAUUGGGUGACAAACUUGACGAGCUCAUCCUUGGGGACUGUGGCCUUUCUCCUGCGAAUAUUCGAGACCUCGUGGAUUGCGCCAUCAAAUGUAAGAUCCGACGGCUCGGGCUUUCUGGCAACAACCUCGAGCAAGAAGCCCUCAGCUACCUUGUGCGAUAUAUCAAGUCUGGCCAUUGUGAGGGUCUUGAUCUUGGAAGCAAUGACCUGCAUGGGAUCGCAUACAUUCUUGCAGAAGCUGCUGAUAGUGAUUGCCCGUUGUUUGCAAUUAGCUUGUCGGAUUGCAAUUUAACACCCGGCGAUCUCAACUCCAUCCUGAUACCGUUCGCCAGACUGAAGAACCUCAAAUUCAUCGACCUGUCACGCAACAUGGCGUUGUUCAACAGUCAGCCAAGCGCCGUGCCGGUUCUCCGCAGACUCCUCCCCAAAUUAGCACCUCUGAAGCGUUUACAUCUGUCAGAUGUGGGCAUGACGUCUGAACAAGUCAUUGCUUUGGCCGAGAUCUUGCCGGAUUGCCCAUCGAUGGCCCAUCUCACUAUUCUAGACAAUGCUCCGCUCAUUCACGCCAUGAAUUCGAGAGAUGCGAGCUCGCAAGAGGAGGCGUGCGCAUUCUUUGCGUCCUUGAUGACCGCGGUCAGAGUGUCGGAGACCAUUGUGGCUGUGGAGAUCGAAGUGCCCAGCUCUGACAGUAGUGAGGUUGUCAAAGCAUUGGCAUCACAGGUCGUGGCUUACAGUCUCCGAAACAUGGAGCGCGCAACUCUGAGUGAGGUCGGCGUCAAGCCAGACGAACUUGCUGAGAAGGACGCUCCAGAAGUAUUGCUCCACCUUGUUGGUCAUGUGGAGGGCUACCCAGCGAAUUACGACAAGGACGAGCCAGCGCCGGAUGAGGACUAUAUGAUUGCGUCGACCGGAAUCGUCAAAGCCUUGGGUGUGUGUUUGGAUCGCAAGGAUGGCAACAGCCGGGCACAAUCGAGGAGUAUUAGUCCUACAGCAAGUGGGACAUCCACUCCAAGGGGACCAAUCCGGCAAAGGACAAUAUCCAAACCGCGGGAUGUGAGUUUGGAGCUUUGUGAGAGUGCGCGAAAGAUCAGACGACGGUUACAGCCUGUCCUGGUCAGAGAAGAUCGAGCGGGAAACCACGAGAACUAUCGUCGUCUUUUCUUCCUCGACCAGACCCUGCAGCGGAUGAUCCAGAGGUUCGAAGACGAGUAUCCCGAGACCAAAGUCCCUUCAUCAUCUCCUCCAAUUCCGAACGGCAUGCCUUCCCCAGAUCCUUCCAUGGGAGAGACGUCUCUAUUGUCGGCUUCGGUUGAUUCAAGUGGGAUCCUAGAGAUGGCUGAUGCUGACGACUACUUCCCGGCAGAACGUCAGGCACAAGACCAAUAUGCCAUGAAAUUAUCUCGAACGUCGUCAAAUACAUCUCUCGCGGCCAAAGCCUUUACAGACGAAGAAGGCCGUAUGCACCGUUUUGGACAGAGUAUCCGGAGAGAAGUCCUCAAACCCACUGGCCUGGAUGAUGCCUUGCAUGGAUCCAGUGUAACUGACCUUGACCCACCUCACCUCGCUGCUCUCCGCGCAAAAUUGGACGAGAUCCAUGGAGAGGACAUUCGGUACAAAGUGGAGAAGGAAGGCGCAGACAACGUCGUACGCGAGCUAGGAUUGAAUGCUCAAGAGCUUCUGAUGCUCAGGGAGAAAGACCCCGAGGGCUUCAAUGCAUUCCGAGAGUCGCAGCUGGCUGCGCAGAUCAAUGCAGGCAUGAUUCCCGCUGAUGAGAUGAGAAGUACCAAGGUGUGA